UGCAACAAACGGUGAAAGCAAAUCCGAAAUGUCUGAAGAGAAAGCGGCGGAAAAAAUCCAGGCUUCUUUCAGAGGAUAUAAGACGAGAAAAUCCCUCAAAAAUAAUGGAGUUGUUCCAGCCAAAGAAAACAUAAACCAAAACCAGACCAAGGGAGAGGUUGAUGGAAAAUUGGAGAAGCUGCAAGAGCAGCCGGAAGAGAAACCUGCAUCAAAGCCAAUUUCAAAAUCAGAGCAGGAUGAAUUGUUGGACAUUGACCUAACCGACAAAGAUCUAGAAAAAGCUGCUACGAAGAUACAAGCGUCUUAUAGAAACUUUACAAAGAAAAAACAGGAUGUACCACAGCCCAAUCCAGUAGAAAAUUCCACCCCACAAGAGAAUGAAAAAACUGAAAUUGUUACUGUGCACAAUUCCAAUCAGGAUGAGAAGGAAGAUCAAUCGACCAAAGAGCAAGAGGAAAAUCUUGACGAUAUCGAUCUGAAAGAUCCAGAAGUAGAAAAGGCAGCUUUGAAAAUUCAGUCAACUUUUCGCGGUUAUAAAAGUCGCAGAGAGGUUAAUCCAGAAAUUGUUCAAAACGGAGAAAAAGAAGAAAACCAAGAUUAA